UGAGUAAACAUUUUUCCCUCCAUGGCACCAGUAGCCUUGGAGCUGUGAAUUCAUUCACUAAGCGAGGAGUUUCAGGCGCAUGGAGGAGGACUUGGCUGCACUCAGGAAGAACAUAAAUCCAGGCAGUGCACAGACUUUGCUCCGUCUCUCUGGCUUCAUGGCUCAGCGCUCAGCUCACCACAUCGUGCCCAUCUUGCUGCUGGUGUUCGGACUUGUUGCGAUCCUGCUACUGACGAUUCCCACCGAAGACGUCCUGGAGGCACCGGGGUUCAUGUAUGGGAUUGUCUUGGAUGCUGGAUCUUCGCACACAGCUUUGUAUAUAUACAAGUGGCCAGCAGACAAGCAAAAUGGCACGGGCGUGGUCACCCAGCACACUGAAUGUCAUGUUAAAGGCGGAGGGAUCUCCAGCUAUGCGGGCCAGAUAGGAGCAGCCGGGCAGAGCUUAGAGGCCUGUCUGAACCAGGCCGUGAAGGACAUCCCCAAAGAAAGACACCAGCUCACACCUGUGUACCUGGGAGCCACAGCUGGCAUGAGGCUUCUGCACGACUCAAGCCCAAAGCUGUCAGCUCAGAUUCUGCAGGAAGUGGGCCACAAAAUCCAGUCCUACCCUUUCAGCUACCAGGGGGCGGCCAUACUGAGCGGUCAAGAUGAGGGCGCGUACGGCUGGGUCACCGUCAACUAUCUCUUAGAGAACUUCAUAAAGUAUGGUUUCGUGGGGCGCUGGUUCAGCCCCGGCAGGCCCACGGUGGGAGCGCUUGAUUUCGGCGGGGCGUCCACCCAGAUAACAUUUGCCACUCAGGAGGAAGUAGAGGACGAACACGACAUGAUAAAGCUGCGUCUUUAUGGCCAGGAGUACUCUCUGUAUACACACAGCUUCCUGUGCUACGGGCAGGACCAGUUCCUCAAGAGACUGCUGGCUCAUAUAGUGAAGUCUCAGGGUUACUCCGGGUCUGUCACUCACCCCUGCUAUCCUGCAGGCCACAAUAGAACAGUAAAGUUGAGCAGCAUAUUUGACUCUCCGUGUACAGAAAAGUACAGACCCAGCUCCUACGACUCCAAGGCCUCUCUGACAGUACAGGGCGGCGGACAUUACGAACGCUGUCUGAGCACCGUGUCCGAGAUCUUCUCCUUCGACAGCUGCCCCUACUCCCAGUGCUCCUUCGACAAAGUCUUUCAGCCAAAUGUCACCGGUAGCUUCAUGGCGUUCUCUGCAUUCUUCUACGUGCACGCCUUCCUGCAGCGCACCACCAGCAUCACUGCGAGCACUCCUUCACAACUGGAGGAGGCAUCCAAAAGUGUGUGCGGGAUGACUUUCAAACAAAUGCUGCUUCUUGCUCCACAGCAAAAGUCUCGUCUGCAGGACUACUGUGCUAUAUCUGUGUUCAUUAAGAUUCUCAUGUUGAGAGGAUACGGCUUUGAUGAGACGUCGUUCCCACGCAUUUCCUUCCAGAAGAAGGCGGGGGACACCUCGGUGGGUUGGGCUCUGGGCUACAUGCUGAAUCUGACCAGUUUGCUGCCGGCAGAGACAGUUGGGAUGAAGAAGGCCCUGACCCCGGGAGCGUGGGGAACGCUUCUCUUUCUCUUUGUCCUCCUGCUCGCCGCGGUCCUGGUCUUCAUCUUACUCCGAGUUUGCGAUAGGAAGAAGAAAGGAGGCAGUGAAAGCCCCAUCUAGAUACUAUAACAGCAUACAGUGCAGUUAGAAAACAGUUAAUAGGUUUUUGCUUGUGUUGGCUCUGUACUCCAGCACAUUGGAUCUGAAAUGAAACUAUGGGUUUAAAGAGCUGAAUGUGAGCGUUAUUUAAAGGGAUUGUUUGUAACUUUAUAAGCGUAUAAAUGUAGCGGGUCGGGACACAUGCGCGCUCGCAUAUGCGCGCUCGCGUGUGGCCGCCGUCUCUCCUCCUCUGC